UAUAGUUAGUCAGUCAGUGAUGUCGUUAUUAAUUUACUAAGUUAUCAAUUUGUUGUUUAGUCAACACAGUUAACAUACGCUGUUAUAUAAACGUGUCAGCACGUGGGCUUCUAAAGCAUUUAGUUAUAUAUUUAGAAAGUUAGAGGCCGAUUGUUGUGAGCUCAGCUUUUGUGUAGAAAGGGACUUAGACUCGGCGCGUUACAAUCUAUAUCUAUUGUUUUAAUCUGCAUGUAAAAAAAAAAAUCAACAAAGAGACCUAAGCCUGGACUUCGAAUGUGUGAACAAUGGAUUAUGCGUUUGAACCGUUGUGUGGAAACCACUCAAUUUGGAAUUCAGAUCUGUUGAUCAACAACACUUGGCCCGAAUUUACACAAUGUUUUCAAUGGACUAUUUUACAAUGGACACCAUGCUUGUGGAUGUGGAUAACAUUCCCUGUACAUUUAUGGUACAUUCGACAUCGUCAUCCUGUCGAAUUAUACACAGCUCCAAGCAGCAAACUUUACAUUACAAAAAUGCUCAUUUGCCUACUCUUGAUUGUGCUGCCUCUACUGAAUAUAUUUAUAACCAUACAAGAUGAACAGAACUCAACACCUCCAGUAAAUGCUUUGUACCUUAGCUAUUCCAUUCAGUCUACAACUUAUAUUUUAGUAGCUAUAUUAAGUAGCUAUUCCAGAAAGGCAGGUUUGCAGUCACCUUGUGUUUUAUUCAUUUUUUGGACUCUGGAUGUUGCCUGUAAUAUUGUGCCCAUUUAUAGUUACAUACUAUUAGAUCUUACUGCAAAAGAAAGUACACAGUUCUACAUACUGUGUACAUCUUAUGUAUUAAUUCUCAUUCAGUGGAUUCUUCAUUUUGUCUCUGACAGAAUACUACCUCAGUUUGAUGUUACUGCAACAAGAAAGGUUUCCAGCCCAGAAAAUACAGCCUCAUUUCCCUCCAAAAUUACCUUUCAUUGGAUGAGCAGCUACAUUUGGAAAGGGUACAGACACUACUUAAAACCAGAAGACAUCUGGGAUUUACCUGAACAUUUCAAGUCUCAGCAAGUUGUGCCAUCAUUUCUGGAAGCCUGGGAAAAAGAAAAGUGGAAACAGUAUCUAGGCAACAGGCAGUUAGUCUCAAGCAGUUCAGAAAGUAGUGGCUCUGAAGACUUGACACUCUUAAGUGAACACGUCAAACCUAAAGAAAAUCCUACAGACAAAUCUUCACUGCUAAAAGUCCUAUUUUUAACCUAUGCACCUGAACUUCUAAGAGCACAUCUGUUCAGAUUGGCUGCAGAUUUAAUUCAGUUCCUCUUACCACUUUUAACAAGAUCAUUGAUCAACUAUGUGCAGAAGAAAGAAACCCAUACAGUGUGGCAGGCGUAUGCACUUGUGACAUGCUUCUUUGUUGUCUCUUUCAUUCAUUCCUUGCUCUUCAACCAAAACUCUUACAGAGGUUCAUGUGUUGGCAUGAAAGUGAAGACAGGAUUGAUUUCUGCUGUCUACAGAAAGUCAUUAAGCAUGAGUAACGAAACCAAAAAGAAAUUUACUGUUGGAACAAUAGUCAAUCUGAUGUCUUUGGACUGUCAGGUUCUGCAGGAUGUCACUUCUAAUCUUUAUUUGUUAGUUUCAACUCCAGUUCAGAUUGGUGUAGCAUUCUAUUUCUUAAACAAUGCCCUGGGAGUUUCCUUUGUUGCUGGGGUGGCUGUUAUUGUUGCGCUGAUCCCCCUGAAUGCCAAAGUCUCCCUACUAGCAAAGAGAGCUCAGUCUGAACAGUUGACAGUCAAAGAUGAAAGACUUCGAACAAUGAAUGAAAUGUUGAAUGGCAUCAAGGUGCUUAAGUUGUAUGCAUGGGAGACAACUUUUGAACAGCAGAUUCAAUCUUUAAGACAUAGAGAAGUACAGCUGCUAAGAACUGUGGCCAUACUUAAUGUCAUCAGUGUAUUCAGUUGGCUUUGUUCACCUGUACUGGUGACAACAAUUACCUUUAUCACCUAUAUCUACCGGUCCAGUCCACACAGUCUGGAUGCCAACACAGCUUUUGUCUCUCUGAUCUUGUUCAAUAUUCUCUCUGUACCAAUGCACAAACUUCCAAACAUCAUUUCUGACCUAAUUUCAGCUCAUGUUUCUAUCAAAAGGCUGAAAGAUUUUUUGUGCAGUGAAAAUCUCAGCCAAAAUCGUUCUGGCAGAGAAAACAGGAAGGACAGAAUGUUCUAUGAAGGCCAGUUCAAACAGAUCAGGACUAGAAAUGAAACAUAUGCUAUUGCAAUAUCUUCUGGUACAUUUCGCUGGGAUAGAAGUUCACAGCCAGUUUUAAAGAGCAUCAACCUUAACAUCCCUCAAGGUAAACUUGUAGCCCUGGUUGGCCAUAUUGGUUCUGGGAAAUCUUCCUUAUUGUCUGCCUUGUUAGGAGAAAUGGACAAAGUAUGUGGUGAUGUUCUGGUCAAGGGUCAAAUAGCUUACUUACCACAGCAAGCCUGGAUUCAGAACAAAAGCAUCAAACAGAACAUUUUAUUUGGUAGACAGUACCACCAGCAUCAUUAUAACAAAGUGAUUAAAGGCUGUGCUUUACAUACAGACCUGGAACACUUUAUUGGGGGAGACAAAGCAGAAGUGGGAGAAAAUGGCAUCAAUUUGAGUGGUGGACAGAAACAGAGAGUCUCAUUGGCUAGAACUGUUUAUGGUGAGUCCGAUGUGCUACUGCUUGAUGAUCCCCUAAGUUCACUAGACAUGCACGUUGGUAAACACAUCUUCAAGAAUGUCAUCAGCAACUCUGGACUGCUCAAAACAAAGACCAGACUUCUAGUUACACAUGGAGUUCACUGGCUUCCUAUGGUCGACUUCAUCCUGGUAUUACAACAUGGUCAAAUUAUUCAGUCUGGAACUUAUGAAAACCUUAUUGCCAGAGAUGGACCCUUUGCUCAAUUGCUCAAAAGUUAUCUGUUGAAUGAAGAUAUUGAAGAUGAUCCUGAAAUUAAUUACAUCAGGUCAGAGAUGUGGAGGAAGGUGGACAGUGUAACCUCUGAUGGUUUAACUUCAGCAGAAGAGGACGAGAGGCCAAGGCGCAGGAGAGUUUUAAGACGCGCUACAAGAGAUUCAAUGACAGACUCCUCAACUACUGAAGACAGACAAGCAAGAGAUUCUAACUUGAAUGGACUGACUGAGGGACUGAUUGAAGAGGAACAGUGUGCUAAAGGAAAGAUCAAAGGAGCUGUAAUCUGUGAGUUUAUCAGAGCCUAUGGUGUCAUCUAUGCUGUUUUUCUGGUGGUCUCACUCAUCUUAUACCAGAGUGUGAGUGCUGCAGCCAGUGUGUGGCUGUCUACUUGGACUGAUGACCCCUACCUGCUAAACCUAACUCUGUCCACCACCGAUUUGUACGAGAGUAAAACCUGGACAUAUUUAGCAGUAUACAGUUCACUGGGCUUUGUACAGGCUAUUUGCGCUUUAGGUUUUAUUGGCAAUAUUUCUUUGAGAAUGGUGGCUGCAGCUCGACGCUUACACAAUAAACUGUUGAACAAUAUCAUGCGUCAGCCCAUGAACUUUUUUGAAAAUACUCCUCAUGGCAGGAUCAUCAACAGAUUUUCCAGGGAUGUUGAAAUGAUAGACAACAGCAUGUCUCGCCUUGUCCGGACAUUUUCCCAACACUUGUUUAUUGUCAUCAGUGUACUUGUCAUCAUCAGCUACACAACUCCUGUUUUCAUAGCUGCUGCUUGCCCUGUCAUGUUGAUAUAUUACCUUAUCCAGAAACUGUAUGUGCCAACUUCUAGACAGCUUAGACGCAACGAGUCCAUCACCAAGUCUCCGAUCUACUCACACUUCAGUGAAACAUUAAGAGGUGCUCAUGUGAUCAGAGCCUUCAAUGUUGGGGAGAGGUUCAUCCUUGAGUCCCAGUACAAAGUUGAUGUCAAUAAUGCAUAUCUCUAUGCUUCCACAUCAGCUUCCAGAUGGCUGAGAAUCCGACUAGAACUUCUAGGCAAUUUUAUAGUAACAACAGCAGCAUUCUUGGCUGUUGUGACUGAUGGACUGACUGGAAGUUUAGUGGGCUUGUCUAUCUCUCAUGCCUUACAGAUCACUACUGCAUUAAAUGAACUGGUUCAGAACUCUACACAGCUGGAGAGUAAUGUGGUGUCUGUUGAAAGGAUUGUGGAAUAUUCCAAGUUACCUCAAGAGUCUCCUUGGGUACUGCCAUUCCAAGAAUUAAGUCCUGAUUGGCCAACAUCUGGAGAAAUAGUUUUUGAAUCUUACUGUUGUAGACACAGGCCAGACCUUGACCUUGUUUUGGAUCACAUUUCCUGUCACAUUGAAAGCGGUGAUAAGAUUGGUAUAGUUGGAAAGACUGGUGCUGGUAAGUCAUCUUUAUCCAUGGCCUUGUUCCGCAUGAUUGAAUCAGAAAGUGGAAGCAUCCUAAUCGAUGGUGUCAAUAUUGCUGCUGUAGGUCUUCAAACCUUGAGGUCAAAGCUAACCAUCAUUCCACAGGACCCUGUUGUAUUCUCAGGCACUCUACGUUUUAAUGUUGAUCCAUAUACUUAUUAUUCUGAUGAAGACAUUUGGGCAACUCUUAGUUUUGCUAGACUUACCUCCUUUGUUUCUAACUUGCCAGGAGGACUAUAUUUUACAUGUGAGGAAAAUGGCCAAAAUCUGAGCUUAGGUCAGAGACAACUAGUCUGUUUGAUACGAUGUGUACUGAGACACAAUAAAAUCAUUGUAUUGGAUGAGGCGACUGCAGCAGUGGAUCUAGAGACUGAUGAACUUAUCCAGCAGACUAUAAGACUUUGCUUUAGGGAGUGCACAGUUCUUACCAUCGCCCACAGGCUGACUACCGUCAUGGACUACGACAGAAUAAUGGUCCUUGAAAAUGGAAGAUUACUUGAAUUUGAUACUGUGGAAAGCUUAAAGGAUAAUCCAAACUCAAUUUUUUACCGCAUGGUCAAAGAAGCAGGUCUGGUAUUCUAGCUCUAGGGCUUACAACUGAUAGAUUUAUCUUUUGUUUCUUCUGCAUACUAUAUAGUAUUAUCUAUUUCAUUGUUUAGUUUAAACACAAAUAAAACAAAAAACUGAGUAAGCCCUUGUAAAUAAUUGAAUUGCUGCACUGACAGCAAAGAGUAGACUUUGAAUAUCACAUUUCAUUUUAUAUUGGCUGUGAAACUGUAAAGCCAAAUUUGUUGUUUUUUUUACAAAUUGAAAUGAAUGUCAAUACAAAACUAAGUUGUUUCCAAGAUAUUGUUUUAAUUGUGUAUCCCAUUAUGUUCAGUAUUUCAUGUAAGAGACAGUGGAAAGGCUUCACGUCCUACAGGUUUCACAUUGCUAGAAUUCAAUGGCAGCUUUGGACACUUUCUGUUGGUGCUUCUUAUUUGUUCUUGUAGAAUGAAACUCAACAUUCUUUUUGUUGUAUGAAAACUCACUAAAUAAAUUGUAGUCAUUAUUGUUGUGUAGUCAAAUAGUGGCUAGAAAGCAUUUGUUCUAUUUGUGUGUUUGUGUCAUCUCUUACAUUCUAAAUGUAUGCUAAAUGUGAUGGGAAGUCUGAGUGAGCUAAUUUAACAAAUGUUGGCAUGAAAGGCUUGUGGGACUUGUUUCAACUUUUCAAAACUUAUUAAAACUUGUGGUUCAUUAGAACUUGA